GAGAUGGACGGAUCCACCGUCAACCGACUCGCCAGCAUGGCGGCCUUCGUACUCUUCCUCCUUAUACUUGUCCUUGCCGCUGGCAACAGCGAGCACAGACACGUAGGAGCAGUUGCUGCGCGCAGCCCCGUCGUCGUGCGGCUAAUCGGCCGCGGCGCGGACGACAAGACCUCCGUUGCCGUGCACAGACAUGACCUCUCCUUCGCCAGCUUCACCGAUGGCAGCGGCCAUUGGCACGCCUUUCCUGGCCUUGAGCACCUCUUGCCCACGUCCACGACCCUCCCCUUCGGCAGAAGUUACAGCAACCUCAUCGGCGGCCUCGCGAACUUGCCGGGCGUGCCGCUGGGGCGGGAAGCCAUUCGCGUGCUCGCCGCCUACCGCCUCGGGGGCGGCGUGGAGCCGGUCAAGCGGGCGCUGACGGUGAUGAAGGUUGUGAGUAGCGAGGCCCAGCGAUUGGGGCCAUCAAAGAAAACAACAAAGGAUGGAUGGGACACCGGUGCCCGCGUGGCCCCUGAGCACCUGCCCUACAUCGAGCACUGGGACACCAUGUCCUACGAGAUCAUCCGCUCCAACCGCACAUGCAAGUGGGACGGGCCCUUCACCAAGAUGCUAGAGACCCAGGCCAACAUCCGCACAAAGGAGGAGGCGCUCGCCAUUGUCGGGAUGAUCCGGAAUGCCGACUUCGAGGAAGUGCUCGAGGCUCACGCCACCCGGAUGUAA